ACGAAAGGCUUGAAGCUGUCAAGGCGUCGUAGAGCGUGUGAAUCGACAAAAAUGGCGGUCCACCACAACAACAUUCUUGCCAACAACCAUUUCCGCAAGGACUGGCAAAGACGGGUCAAGGUUUGGUUCGACCAACCCGGAGCAAAGAAGAGCAGACGUAAUGCCCGUGUCGCCAAGGCUGCCAAAUUGGGUGCUAAGCCAUUGAAGUCUCUUCGCCCCGCUGUUCGUUGCCCAACAUUGAAAUACAACACCAAAUUGCGUGAAGGAAAAGGUUUCACUUUGGACGAGCUCAAGGCUGCCGGUAUCGGUCGUCAUGAAGCCCGCUCAAUCGGUAUCCCAGUCGACCACCGCCGCCGUAACCGUUCCGAAGAGAGCUUGAAGCUCAAUGUUCAACGUAUCAAGGCAUACAAGGACCGUGUUGUCGUCAUCCCCGCCAGCACCAAGAAGAACAAGGGUAACAAGCCAGACAUCAAAUCUCUUGACAUCACCCGUGACACAGCUGCUGCCUUCCCUAUCCCCGCUGGUAUCGUUGCCGAGAAGCCCCGUGCCAUCACUGCUGAAGAGAAGGAAGGAAAUGCAUUCCGUGUCUUGCGUGAAGCCCGUGCUACUCACCGUAACGCUGGUGCCAAGGCUGCCCGUGAAAAGAAGAAGGAAGAGGAAGCUGCCGCUGCCAAGAAGUAAACUAGGAUCACCGUUCUACUUUGCCUCUGUUAUGCCUUCUCUUUACGACUCUUUUCUCAAUCAUUGUACAACCUUUCUUUUAGGUGGAUGGAUGGACCUUCUUCUAUGAGGUACCCCGUUCAAUCACUUUGCAGCAUCUUCAACUCACAUACACACACAAUCUCACUCGCAUGUCUGCAUAAUCUCGCCCAGGAUUUCAGACGGUAUGCAUCACCAAAUAUUAUAUGAAAAACGCACGCUUU